GGAAAUAGCCGGUUUUUCUCGAGCCCCAAGGUGUAUCAUGAGCACCUUCUCUUUGGAGUUUCAAGAAAAAGAAAGAGACUGGAGAAGCCACAGUUACUUGUAGAAAACACUGCACACAGAGAGAGAAAAGAAAAGAAAGACAAAUAAAUAAAUAAAACACUGUGUUGCUUGUGUGCGAGUGAGUGUGUGAGUUUGUGUGCAGUGGUUUCAGAUGCGUGUGGAGACCAAACCCCAUUCCACACCCCAAUUUCUCAAAUCAGUUCACUUCACGUAUCUCUGUGACAAACUGCGCCACUUUCGCUGCUGCAUAAGAUCAUGAUAAUUAUUAUAUCCUUUCCUUUCACAGUCACCAUCACUUCCACUAUUCUUCUCUGCAACUUCCGUCACCUCUUCUGCUCCACUCUCUUUCUCUCUUCUCCUCCUUCAUCAUCAACUAUAACCCUUCUCUUUUUAACUCUCUUCUCUUCACUAUGGCUGAGGGCUUCGAGCAUUACCAUGUCCCACAACAAAGUAGAAGGGACAAGCUGAGAGUUUUUCCUCAGAGCCAACCUGGUUUCGUUGAAUCCUCCACUACCCUUCACCCCACUUGUCCAACUUUGCCCUCUCUCUACGACCCUUCACUUAUUCCCUCUGAUUUGCUAGCUUGUGGCACCCCACAAGGCCACGCUACAAAGGAAGAAGGUUCCAAUUUGAUGAUGGGGUUUGCGGAAGGAGGGGUUGUGAAUGGUGACGCAAUUCAGUUUAUUAACAGUGGUAGCAGCAACAACCCUUUUCUCUACCACCUUCAGAACCUUAGGGAGUUUGGUGAUAGCUACAAUGAUGGGAGUGAGAUGAUGGUGUUUAAGCCCGAGCCUUUGGCUUUGUCUUUGUCUUCUCACAGUAGCAACACUCACCACCCUUUGGAACUUAAUCUUCAGCGAUAUGGGGGUGUUGUUUAUGGCGAUAAGGGUGGUGGUGGUGGUGGUUGUGUAGUUCCGGGUUUGGUUGGCGGGAACUGUGAGGUUUUGAGGAAUUCAGUUCCACUUGGACCCUUCACGGGUUAUGCUUCGAUAUUGAAGGGAUCGAGGUUCUUGAAGCCUGCACAUCAAUUAUUGGAAGAGUUAUGUGAUGUUGGGGUUCGUGGGGUUUACGCUACCGAGAAGAUUAUUGCUCCUGAUGCAUCGUUGAUGGAACCUACUCAUGAGGGUUUAAGUGCUAGUGGAAUUGGUGGGGAUGAUCCACUCGGAGAAUAUGGGAAUGAGGGCAAGAAGAAGUGUAGAUUAUUAACCAUGCUUGACGAGGUUUGCAGGAGGUACAGGCAGUAUUACCAACAGAUGCAUGCAGUAAUAACAUCAUUUGAGUAUGUUGCUGGCCUUGGUAAUGCAGCCCCAUAUGCAAGUUUGGCUAUAAAUGCCAUGUCCAAACAUUUUAGAUGCUUGAAGAAUGCUAUUACUGACCAGCUGCAGUUCAUCAACAAGGCUCCUUUUCAGAUAAGCAACAGGAAGGAUGAAUCUCCAAGGUUUCACAACAGCGAUAGGGGCACUUACAGCCAAAGGCCAGGGUUUCUUGAGCACCAACAACCAGUUUGGCGACCUCAACGAGGACUCCCCGAGCGUGCCGUUAGUGUUCUCAGGGCCUGGUUGUUUGAACACUUUCUUCACCCUUAUCCAACUGAUACCGACAAGCUAAUGUUGGCUAAACAAACUGGUCUAUCUCGCAACCAGGUGUCUAAUUGGUUUAUUAAUGCAAGAGUGAGGCUUUGGAAACCCAUGGUGGAAGAAAUACACACGCUAGAAUCACAGCAAGGUCAAAAACGGCCACAUAGGGAAGAACAAAGUAGGAAAAACUUGAAUGAUCAUUUACCUUCAGACAACUCUCUUGUUACCGAGAAUCCAUCUGCAUGCAUGGAAAAGUUUCAUGAUGAUGGCCCUUACAAACACCCUAGGAAUGAACUUGCAAAUAUUCAAGUGAGGAAUAAUCAGGAGCAACUGAAUCAGAGUAACACAAGCAAUCAGCUAGUGGGUGUUGGAGUGAGCAAUAAUGGUGUGUCUCUCACACUUGGACUUCACCAAAAUCAUGGUAUUGGGUUGUCUGAGCCAUUCAGCAUGAGUGCAGCUCAGCGAUUUGGUGUUGCCCUUCAGCAUGAGGGCUAUGCUAUAAGUGGUUUUGAAUCACAUAAUCGACAUUUUGCAGGACAACUGUUGCAUGAUUUUGUAGGCUGAAGAUAUCUUCAAUCUACUAACCUUGUUGCUUGGACUUCAUUUAAUUUGGUAUUAUAUUAUACUAACCAUAUUUCUGUUGCUUUAAUCAACCAACAGAAGUUAGGAAAAGGAAAGUGAUUGAAAUAUUGGCCUUCAAUGGUACUGCUACUAAGUUUGUGAUGAUUAACUGGUGUUAUUAUUAAGCCCUCAAGAAGUUCAAGACUGUAAAGUUAUUGUAAAUUCAUUUUAAGGGGAAAAAAUAUUGUCAUAGGUCUAUCCAAUUCACCCUUGUGUUGUUGGCCUUUGUCAGCAGCAUAAAGCUAAAUAUUUUUACCCUUUUUGUAAUGUUGAUCAAUCCAGCAAAACGGAUUUCAAUAUGUGAUAGUUGAAUCUUGUGGACAAGGUUAAAUAUAUAUUUCCCUUUCUGGAAUGCUCAAGGACUAGUGGUAUCCAAUA